AGAAUUUCAAGGAUUGUAUUGUUGUUCGUUUAAAUUUAAGAUAAUACACAACACCAGUGGCUAUAAAUAGAAUCAAUGUGAAAUUCGUUACAACGAAACUACAAAUUUGUCGUUUUCUUAAUUUUAUUGUUGGUUAAUUAUACAUUUUGUACUAUAUAUAGCUAUCGUUGCAUUGAACUCCCCAGUGACGAUAUGGAUAGUGAAAGUUUAUGUAAUAGUUCAGAGGAUUUAUUUUUCUUCAAGACCAGAAAUGAAUAUCCGUAUAAUUCGAGUACAUAUGGAAGUUCUAGUUCAGGUGAUACAUUCAACUUAAAAUUGCGAAAUGGAAAAUUAAGGACUGCAAUCAACGCCCUGACGGAUGCUUUCAAAAUGGUAAUGGAAACUAUUGAACAUUUGAUCCAGAAACCAGUUGACAUUUUAAUGGCUGGCGUAGAUUCGGAAAAUUCAACAAACAGGACGAAACUAAAAAAGUCAGAAACGGAAUUGCAAAAAGUUGCAUUUCUUCUGCAGGAUGGACUUAAACGGAUGAGAGAAGCCAUGCAAGAACAAAGCAGAGCAAUUAAGGUUUUGUCAGAGUUGGACCAGUUUACACCAGGACAAAGUAAAUCACCAGAUGUAGAACAAAGUUCAGUUAAAAGUAAAACUAUUAAUCUGUCAGAGAUGGAUCAACUGCAAAUGUCUAAACAACAGGAAAAUGCACAAACAUUGGUAGAGAAAUGUAAAAUUCAAAAUCAAUGCGAAGCAAUACAACAGUUGUUUGAUGCAGAUCGAAACAAUGCUCAAACUGUAUCCAACCAACAACAGUUAGAACUGGAACGAAAUUCUGAAAAGUGUAGAGAUAUACAACAUUUGACAAAUGAAGAAAAAAAUCUUGGUCGUGGAAAUCCAGAAACCACAGCAUUCAAAAGAGACGAAGACUUAAUAAACGAACCCGUCGAAAUAUCUUUACCGAUGGGUUGGAGUUAUAAUUGGACAUUUCGUGGUAGAAAAUACUACAUUGACCACAAUAAGAAAACUACACACUGGAGUCAUCCUCUUAUAAAAGAUAGUCUGCCAACUAACUGGGAUAGAAUUGAGUCUCAAGAACAUGGGGUUUACUAUGUCAAUCUUCUUACAAAAACUGCUAAGUAUGAACACCCCUUCGUCCCAUCAUCAUUUCAAGAUGAAGAAAAUCAGACAACUUUAGAACACAUCUCAAGGAAUACUCAGAAACAAAAAUUUAACUUGGUUCCUGGAAAAGCAUACCGAGCACACGCAAUGCCUUACUGGUUGCAUGUUUACUUAAAAGACAGACAGCAAUGUAAUCAUAUGGUGAAAGAUAAAGCAGAAUACUUUCAACCAGGAUUAAAAUGAAAAUUAAAAUGAUGUAUCAUUCAAGGAAGAGAGAUGCACUUAACAAAGCUGUCAACAAAUCUGAAGCACAAUCGGCUAAACAUGCAGAAGGAUAUUAUUGAACCUCCAUGUAAACCACCGACUGUAGAUAACGAAUAUUCUACCAGGCAAUAAUGUAUUCAAUAUAAAGAAUAAAUCUAG